CAUCAAUAAUCUCAUAAAAAUGCCCGCCAACUGUUCGACGAAAGUUCAAAACCAAAACCACAACUCCACCCAAGUAAAAACAAGAAUCUCCCCUCAAUCUGAGACUUCAACAACGUCUUCAUCAAACAUAAAGACCCGUUUUCUGUCUCUGAUUCAACCCAUUCUCCAGUCUCCUAAUUUCCUAAAACGUCUUCUCCAUGAACACCAUUCUGCAGAAAGCACCACUAAAGUUUACCAAAUUUGGCCGGGAAACAAUGUAUUCUUCUUUGGUGGACGAAUGAUCUGUGGCCCUGAUCCGAAAGGACUGAUCUUUACUACAAUUUCAAUUAUCCUCUCUAGUUGGACAUUCUGUCUUUAUAUAGCCCGGGACUUGCCCAAACAUUCCACCCUCAUAGUCAAUGUUUCGUUUCUCUUGACAAUAACAGUUCUACUGAACUUAAUCAUGGUUAGCAUGAUCGACCCGGGUAUUAUUCCAAGACACGAAACGGGGAUUAGAGGUCGAAAUAGAAGAAAGAGAUUGAAGUAUUGCAGGACAUGCAAGAUUUAUCGUCCACCAAGAAGUUGCCAUUGUGCCAUAUGCAACAAUUGUGUCGAGAAAUUCGAUCAUCACUGUCCAUGGCUUAGCCAAUGCAUUGGAUUGAGAAAUUAUCGGUUUUAUCUGACAUUCUUGAUCCAAGCCUUGAUUUUGUUUGUGUAUAUAUGCGGUAUCUCAUUCUGGAAGAUUCAGAGGAGGGUAUUUAAAGAUGGGGAUGGAUUGUUUACCCUUUUAAAAAAUCAACCGGAAACUAUGGCAUUAGCUUUGUUGAGUUCAAUUGCGGUUGCAUUUCUUGGUGGUUUAUCAUGUUAUCAUGUCUAUCUGGUCAUUAUAAAUCAGACAUUUUACGAGAAUUUCAGACAAAAGUAUUUGGGAUCUCAGAAUCCUUACGAUAAAGGAAUCUUGUUGAACAUGAAGGAGGUGUUAUUUGCUCCGUUCCUUCAGCCUUCUCAAAUCAACUUUAGAGCAGAGGUCUCUGUUUCUUCUUCAGAAUAG